GAUCCUCCCGGCAGCGGCUGCUCCAGUCCAGGGACAGGAUGUUCUCCAAGCUCACCUCCAUCCUGCAGCACGCCGUGGAGGCGCUUGCACCAUCCCUUCCGUUACAAGAAGAUUUUGUUUACCACUGGAAAGCAAUUACUCAUUAUUACAUAGAGACCUCAGAUGACAAAGCUCCUGUGACUGAUACCAACAUUCCUUCUCACCUGGAGCAGAUGUUGGAUAUUCUAGUUCAAGAAGAACAUGAGAGGGAAUCAGGAGAGACAGGGCCUUGUAUGGAAUAUUUGCUUCAUCACAAGAUCUUGGAGACAUUGUACACACUAGGGAAGGCUGAUUGUCCUCCAGGAAUGAAACAGCAAGUUUUGGCUUUCUAUACCAAACUUCUAGGAAGAAUACGACAACCUCUUCUCCCACAUAUAAAUGUAUAUAAACCAGUGCAGAAAUUAAUCAGACUUUGUGGUGAAGUUCUAACAGCACCAACAGAAAAUGAAGAAAUUCAAUUUCUCUGCAUAGUAUGUGCAAAGCUGAAACAGGAUCCAUAUCUGGUCAACUUCUUUCUUGAGAACAAGUUAAAAGUAUUGGCUUCCAAAGGAUCAGCAAGUGUAAUUACAGAAGACAUGCUAAAAGGCCAAGAUUCGUUGAUGACAGACACAGGACAGUCCAUUCAACCUGAAGAAAUAUCUAAUGCUGCUGGAGCGGAGCACAUAGAGAAGGAAGAUGAUCUGUCCACGAGUCUGGAUGAACUUAAUGUCACUUCAUCACCUGAGGCCUCAGCUAUUCGUCUAAACCAAGACUAUAAUUUAGUGAAUUCUUUGCUAAAUCUCACAAAAAGCCCAGAUGGUCGAGUAGCUGUAAAGGCAUGUGAAGGCCUCAUGCUCUUAGUAAGUUUGCCAGAGCCAGCAGCAGCCAAGUGCUUGACUCAGAGCACUUGCUUAUGUGAAUUGCUGACGGACAGGCUCACCACACUCUACAACGCCCUGCCUCUGUCCGUGGAUCCAUUAGAUAUUGAAUCGGUCGAGGCAGUUAACUGGGGUUUGGAUUCAUAUAGCCACAAAGAAGAUGCAUCUGCUUUUCCAGGGAAAAGAGCCUUGAUUUCAUUUCUCUCCUGGUUUGACUACUGUGAUCAACUCAUUAAAGAAGCACAAAAGACUACUGCUGUUGCUAUGGCGAGAUCUGUACGGGAACGAUUUUUUGUUGGUGUCAUGGAACCUCAGCUGAUGCAAACUUCAGAAAUUGGGAUCCUUACAUCAACUGCACUGUUGCAUCGUAUUGUCCGUCAAGUCACUUCAGAUGUGUUGCUGCAAGAAAUGGUUGACUUUAUACUUGGAGGACACAGAGAGCCAGAAACCCUGACAGACAUCAACAGACAUCCAUUGCGACACAGGUUAAUCGAACACUGUGAUCAUAUUUCUGAUGAGAUCAGCAUAAUGACUUUAAGAAUGUUUGAGCAUCUUUUACAAAAACCUAAUGAGCACAUUCUUUACAACUUGGUUCUAAGAAAUUUAGAAGAAAGAAACUACACAGAAUAUAAACCACCCUGUCAGGAAGAUAAAGAUGUGGUGGAGAAUGGACAGAUAGCAGGAGCAGUAGACCUGGAAGAAGAUCCGUUAUUUGCUGAUCUUUCUCCGGAUAACACAUUAUCGAAUCAAGAGUGGCUAAGUGUUUCUCCUCCCAUCAGCCCAGAACAUCCAAAAAACGAUGGGAAGUCUGAAGUUCAUAAAAUUGUAAAUAGCUUCCUCUGUCUAGUACCUGAAGAAGCCAAAUCAUCAUACCAUGUAGAGGGCACAGGUUAUGAUACAUAUCUCAGAGAUGCCCACAGACAAUUUCGGGAUUAUUGUGCAAUCUGUUUACGAUGGGAAUGGCCAGGGUCUCCCAAAUCGUUGGAAAAGUGCAAUUUAGAAGCAUCGUUUUUUGAAGGACAUUUCUUGAAAAUUCUGUUUGACAGAAUGGGCAGGAUUCUCGAUCAGCCGUACGAUGUAAAUUUACAAGUUACAUCAGUGUUGUCCAAACUCUCCCUGUUUCCCCAUCCACACAUCCACGAAUACCUUUUGGAUCCCUAUGUAAAUCUGGCUUCAGGCUGUCGAUCUCUGUUUUCCGUUAUUGUCAGGGUUGUUGGAGAUCUUAUGGUGAGGAUCCAGCGCAUACCAGAUUUCACUCCCAAACUUCUGCUGGUCAGAAAGCGUCUGCUUGGAUUGGAGCCUGAAGGGCCCAUUAUUGACCACAUGACGUUGCUGGAGGGCGUGAUUGUACUGGAAGAGUUCUGUAAAGAGCUAGCAGCGAUUGCAUUUGUGAAAUACCAUGCCUCAUCUACACCCUAAGCAGCCACUUGAAGUGACUGGGCUACAAAAUCGAGUGUGUUUCAGUCAAAAAAGACUAUUGACUUCACCAAACAAGAAGAGAGAGAGAGCCUCCUAACAAAGAGUUGAUGUAAUUUGACAGUUGUUACGGAUGGCAGUGGAGGAUGAGUUCUUGGCCACUGUUCAUGAUUUCCUGGUGCACUCUGCACUCUGAUGGAGAUAUAAUCAAAUGGACAUUGAACCCAGGAUGCAAUCAGAGAGACUUCAGGGCAGACAAAACAACAUUUCCAGUCACUGUUUGAAGAACUGAAAAAAAUGUCUGAAGAGCCACAAACUUCAGAACUUUGGUUACCAGGCCAUUGUUUUAACAACAUUUUAGGGGGUAAGGAUUUUUGAUGUACUCUGGCGCUUGUAUACUUAAAUUGUCUUACGUGAUCGCUAUUACUUUUUAAAAUAUCAAGUUAUUUCUCUAAUGUUUUCAUGUCAUAAGUUUUUUCUCUUCAGUUGAAAAUAUGAAAGGAAAAGAGUAAAGCAGCAUGCCUAUACUUAUGGCAUUACAGGACACUGCCAUGUCAAUGAUUCCAACAGAAUGGUAUAACAUCAGAGAGAGGCUGAAAAGACCUGCUAAUGCAUAUGUAGUAUGAUAUGAUCCAUGUGGGAUGAAUUCUACUUUUGUGAAUCUUCUUAUAUUGUAGUGAAUUCUGGGCUGGUGAAUUCUGAUUCAUCACUGUGUUAUUCCAGUUUUAGACUGAUGUAAUUCCUUAUAUUAAUGAAAUUAUACAUUGGUGAAUCAGGGCCUGUAUGUAGACAACGAUCAUAUCCUAAGUAUGCACGUUUCUAGUGCUGUGCUCUUUGUCUUUCCAAAUGAUUUCUCCUGAGUUCAGCUGUGUAACUAGACUUGCCUUAGAUUUUUGUAUGUGAGCUCCAGUUUGUUUGAUCCAUGUCAUCUUUACAAGGAUGCUAUUAUACAGGUCAUUAAUAGUAGUUGUUAAAACCAGUAUUUUUUUUAAAUGCUAUUUAACAUUGAUUUAAGAAUAUUUUGUGCCUUGAAAAUUGGCAGUCUAAAUGUUCUGUUAUUUUAAAAAUGUUUUAUUGCUUGUCUGAACGUAACCAUAGUGUCCAGACAAAAGAGUGACUGAUACCAUUUUGAGCAGCAGAAAAGAGAUGAUACAAUAUUUAGGACCAAAAUUCUCCACUGGUUUUCACAACACUGGGAUGCAAAGAUGUUUCCCCAGGGCAUUCUUUGCAACAUGAAUUCUACCAGCCAGAGCAGGAAUUUCCAUUGCAGGCCAAGGAUACUCUAGCAUACUUUGCUACUGUUCCUCCUGAAUAACUGCAGCUAGCACUUGCUGCUGACAUCAUCAUUGAAGUGCUAGCAGGCUGGGAGGGCUGGAUGUGCUCCUUAACCUUCAUAUCACUCUUGGUGAUCUCUGUAGAGAGACCUGCCUGCCUGUUUAUACAGGAGAAUACCUUCAUAUUGACACAAUAGUACAGACAGACCAAGCAGGAUUGAGCCCUUAAUGUUCAUAUUCCAUUUCUUUGUCUUUUUUAAUAUCCUGUUGGACAGUGAGUGUCAGUUUCUGAUCUCAUUUCACUGUAAAUCUGGACUAAUUUAAUCAGUCAGUAACAUUCCUCCUGAUUUCCAUGAGCGUUAACUGGGAUCAGAAUCUGGCCCUCCAUGAUUUUGAUGUCUGUUUGUUUUUUACAUUUAUGGAAUCUGUAUUUUGAACAACUGCUGAAGUUACCAGGUGGUUUGUCCAACAAAAUUGAACAUUCUCACAGUUAAUGGGCUAAAUUCACCACUUAUUCACAGCAUAAACUCCAGUGGAGGGUCCUGUUGAUGAAAAUUACAGGGUUACAGGCAGAUAGAAAUGUGGAGUACCACUCCAAAAGAGAAAAAGCAUUGCCCAAAAGUGGCUGUGGCCAGGGAGUAAGAUGAUUCGGUAGCUCCCUGCAGGUCCUCCCAUCAACAGAACUCUGGCACUUCAGCUAGAAUGAAAGAUGUUCUCAAGAGCGGGUGGCGGCAGGAACCUGGGAUUUAGCAGCCAUAUGCACCAGCUUUGCUGAAUGUGGCCCAAUGUUUGCAUAUCAAAAUAGCUUAGUAAAAUAGAAUUUAAGAAAGGAUACUUUCUCUUUAUUCCUGUUCUUUACACGGGUAUUUGGAAAGUAGCAAGUGAUUUUUUUACUUAUUUUUUUCAGUGCAAUGUGUAAUACAAAUGAUCCAUUUUGAGAAGCUUCAUUAAUAUAAUGUACCUGCCUGUGCACACAGUAUAAAAAAGUAUGUAUAUGUGUAGAUUUAUGUUUAAUGCAUACAUUUUUGAUAAUUUAGGCCCCAGUUCUGCAAAGCACUUAAGCAUGAGCUUAAAGUUAAGCAUUUACUUUAGACCCUUUUAAACUGAAUGAGUUAGGAAAACACUUGAAGUUAAGCCAGUGUUUAAAUGUUGUGCUGAGCAGCAGUGGAGUUAUGCAUGUUCUUAAAUGCUUUGCUGAAUCAGGCCUUUGUUGUUUUAGGUUUUAGCUUGAGUUUAAUUAUACUUGCUGCAAAAUUUAAUCCAGUUUUUCAUUAUUUAUUUAAAAAAAACAAAACCCUCUGAUAUAUAGAAUACUCCUAAAGUCCCAUUCACAAUGUAAACUCUAGCAGACAUAAUGCUAUGAAAAAUGAAUGAGAAAAAAUCCACAUUAGAGCAUUCCAAACAAUAUGAAUCAGUUGCUGCUAUUGGAGCUAAUUACACAGUAAGGGAUUGCAUCAGUUAGUUUAUGCAAGGAUAACUGCAGAGUCUGUAGUUUUUAAAUGCAAAAUGAUUUACCUAGCUAGAAGCCCAGUUGUUUAAUGCUUGCAGUUAAACAAUAAGAUAUCACUCUGAAUAUUCUUUAAAUUCAAGAUGUAAUUGUGUAGCAUUCAGUCUUCAGUGUGUUUAGUAGCCAUGGUGAUAUUAUUUCGCAAAUCAAAUAUUAUUCAGGCCACAAAUUAUAAAAAGCUGAUCCGUCUUGAUAACAAGUGAAGCAAUGCUAGGAAAAGCUUGAGUCCUUCUGGUUUGUGUAGGUGCUGCUUACAAUAAUUACCAUAAAUUGUGACAGUGGCAUUUAUUUUUGUAAAAGCGAUUGACUCUUCCUUAAGAGAUGGAAAUAGUUUAGUUUUAUUUCUUGGUUUUUAUGCACUUUUAUUUUUAAAAGUAAAAAUUAGUUGAACUCCAUAUUUUUACUCAUUGAAUCUAUGCAUGUCAUUGAGUGGAUCAGCGUGUGUGUGCGUGUGCAUGCGUGCGUGUGUGGUUAUUUAUUACCCACAAGUGGACACCUGAGAAACAUGGCCUGAUACUCAGAAGUUCAGAGCACCCGCAGAUUUUUCCAGUGUCAAUGGGAACUGCAGGUGUUGAUCACCUUUGUAAAAAUCUGGCUAAGAGUAUUAUUUUGAAAUAUUUGAGGGGAAAAUACUGGGAUAAUUUUGGUUAAGUAAGCAAAUUCGAACUGCAUUUUUACCCUGAUGCACAUUUUUGUAAAUAAGGACACGUUUUUAUUUUUCUGCCAUUUAUUGUAUGUAUUUGAUUUAGACUCUGAUGUAGAAACUUUUGUAAUAAGCAACAUGCUACAUCUGCUAGAACAGAAGUUUGUCCUUAGUCUAUUUCCAUUAUGAUUGUAAUCUUCCUAGUGUUCAAAUCUUGUCUAUGUAAUGUUCGUAUAAUGUGUUCAUUUGUGCAAUACGGGAGCUGUGAUUUGAUGCAUAGCUUCAGUCUGGUUGUACAUCACCUAUGUAUCCGUAAGGACAGAAAUCAUGAGCUUGCUUACACUAUUGCUAGUGUAAAGAUUGUUACACUUGAUUUUACAGGGCACAAGUAAUCAUGGAAUUGCUUUGUAAAUACAUGGUAAUUUCCUACCAUGCAUUGCUUAUGAAUAGACCGUUACCAUUCAGUUAUGAAGUACAUCAUUAUUUGUCUUAGAGAAAUGUUACAAUGAAGUACUAUGUAAAAUCUACAGAUUGCAUGGUACUUCGGGUUGUAUGAUAAAUCCAGACAUAUAUAAUGCGUAUCAUACAGGGCUUUCCAACCAUGAUCACUAAUAAUAUUUUCUGUGCCCUGUAAAAUAAUUUACUCUCUAUAUAUACACUUUUUAGUUUGCCUCCUGCCUUGUUUACAUUAAACAGAGGAUAUUCAGUAAACCUUUUUUAUUGAACUUUAUGUCGGUCACUGACUGACAGUGUUGCCAAGGUUUAGCAGACAUGGGAUAUGCAACAAAGGAACUGUUGAAACAGCUACAUUUCUGUAGGUAAAGUACUAACUUUUGCAAAGGAGGCUCUGAUAAAAUUCAAUUUUUGUGCUAAAAAUGCAUGCAGGAUUAAAAGGGAUAUUCUAAAAAUAAAUUAAUUUAAAUGAA